UUACGCACAGCUGUAACAGCUACAGUAUGAGCGCUCAAGGGAGACCGCGCAAAGUCCAGGGCGAGGGUCCAGGCGCAUCCGGAGCUAAAAGUCUUAAUGCUACACGGAAGAAGAGCGAGCAGAAAAACGAGGAGCAGAAGACAACGGACGCCAAAGCGAACUCCAAGUCAAAGAUCCAUGUAAAGAGCCAUCCAAGUCAAGAAGUCUGUGCGAGGAAACCAAGUUGUGAAUCUCCAGAAGAGCAACAAACACCCAAACAAACAAGAAGUGAAGAGAAGAAAGUAGCUCCCCGGAGCUCAACGAAGAAAGGCAGCAGUAUCGAGGAGAAUCCGAACAAAGAGCUCCAGAGUGCUCCUAAAAAAGUACAAAAAAGCCAGAGUGUGGAGUCAGAAAGUCAAAAAGGCACCCGUCUGAAAAAAUCCGCCAAGGAUGCCAAGUGUGUGGAAGAGACUGAAGCGCCCCAAACUGCAAAAGGUACCGAAAAUCCCUAUAAAGUACUAAUGGCUGCUCUUGAAAAGUUAAAGGUGAAGAAAAACGAGAGAUCGGAAUCAGCCAAAUGCGUCAAUGAGAUACUGACUAAAAUAAUCGAGCAUCUGAAACGGCACCUGGACUGGGGCAAAGAUAUCAGGGUUCUGAAGACAGGAAGCUACUAUGAAAACCUUAAAAUAUGCCAUCCUGACGAGUUUGAUGCUAUGAUGACUGUUUCUGUGGAGAGGGUGAAACUUCAGCCUUUUUCAGAAGACGGGGCCUUCUAUAGUGUAGAAAUGAAACGGAACUUAAAACAUCCAUUAAACAAGUUUGUCAACGACGACAACACUAUCAUGGCCAGUGAAAUGCUCAAAGAUUUCCGAGAAAAAAUAAAGCACGUGAUUAGCUCACUACCAUAUGAUGUUACACUGGUCAGAAAGAAGAUGGGCUGUCCAGCUGUAACACUGCUCGUGAAGGAGAAUGGCAAGAACAUUUCUAUCGAUUUUGUCCCUAGUCUGGAAGUCCACUCAAGCUGGCCUGCUUUCACUCAGGAUGGCUUCAACAUAGAAAACUGGCUCGGCAAAAAAGUGAGGAUGGAGGAAAGACGGAAGCCAUUUUACUUGGUGCCUAAAUACGAGGGAAGAGGCAAUGCAGAGCAGGAUGGAAUUAUGGCCAAGGAUGCUUGGCGAAUUUCUUUCUCACACGUGGAGAAACAAAUCCUGAAAAACCACGGCAAAAGUAAAACCUGCUGCGAGGGAGGACAGAAGUGCUGCAGAAAAUCAUGUCUGAAACUUCUGAAAUACCUUUUGCAACGUCUGAAGGAUGUGCAUGUGGAUGAGGCGGACAAGCUCUGCUCAUACCAUGCCAAGACGGCACUGCUUCACGCAUGUGCUGCCAGAGUGGAGGACAGCGAGUGGGCAGAAAGUGAGCUCAGCCACUGCUUCCAGCAACUUCUCAGGGACUUCGAGCAAAAUUUGAGGGCCUGCAAACUUCCCAACUUCUUCAUCCCCUCCCAAAAUCUGCUCAAUGGCCUUAACAAGAAAAAAUGCGAGCGCCUAGCAGACUACAUUGAAAAUCAACGAAAUAACGGGUUUCCUUUACUGUGUUAAAUCAAGAGGCUCUGAGUCAAGAGUCCUAUACUUUGUGUGGUGGGAAGCAGUGUUGUAUAAAGUAUUAGAAAGCAAUACUUGAGUAAAAGUACAAUUAUCAUACUAGAAAAAGACUUUGGUUGAAAUGAAAGUCACCUUUUAGAAUACUACUCAAGUAAAAGUCUUAAAGUAUCUGAUAUUUACUGUACUUAAGUGUCAAAAGUCAUUUUCUGAUAUUUAAUGUACUUAAGUAUUUGAAGUAAAAGUAAAAUUUCAGUGAUUUUCGGAAGGCAUAAGAAGAAGAACGGGGCAUAGAAGCCUUUAUUAUCGUCACAUAUACAUUACAGCACAGUGGAAUUCAUUUCUUCACAUACCCCAACUGAUUCGCCAAACCUCCCUUAUUGCAGUCACACACAUUUCUUCUGAUUUUAUUUUGUAGUAACGAGUAACAAAGAUGCUUAGUGGAAAAUAACGGAGUAAAAGUAUACAUUUUAUCUAGGAAAUGUAGUGGAGUAAAAGUUGACAAAUUUAAAUAGCAAAGUAAAGAACAGAUCGUGAAAUUUCCACUUAAGUACAGUAAUGAAGUAUUUGUACAUUACAACACUGUUAGGAAGUAGGAGGAUUUUUUUUUCACGUUUUUUUUUCCAAAUUAAAAUGUUUUAAUAGAUAAAAGAUUAUGUGCAUGUCAUUACAAAUGCACUGUCUACACCCACUAAACUUCAAUACUAACCUUUUAAUACAUAGUACAACUCUACAAAUAUAUAAAGUCUCACUGGUCCCUCUACGGGGAGAGAGUUGUGUGAUAUCUAGAUAUUUUAUGCUUAUUUGAAGAAUAAAAAAAUAAAACACAAAGAACAACUUUCUUUAGAAAUGUCAUUUAAAUCAGAAAAAUAUUUAUUUUGGAUAUAUAAACAAUAACAAACUGAAAACAAUGUUCUUGUUCAACUCAAAUGUAAUUUUUCUUGAAAAAAUUUGGAACAAAAACUUCAGGCUGAAGACAGAUGAACUUGACUGGCCUCUUCUUUCUAGAAGCAGAAGAUAAAUGUUGAAUCUGGACAAAAAUGUCUGACUUAAAUGCAGCCUCUUUAUGAGAGUUAAUUGUAGACUAGGCUUAAAUUAACGAAUAUUGUAAAAGUAUCUCCAAAUUCUUUUUUUUAAAUUCAAUUCAAAUUAUUGAAUAUAUGGCAUUUUGAAAAUAUCCAACAGCUACUCUGUAUGUUACGGACAUCAGUCAGGAGAUCCUAUGUGCACUCGCCAAUACUCAGGUGGACCGUCUGCAUGUUCUUGAUCAAACAAAAUCUGUGCACACACACGUGUGUCUUUGUGGGGUGUUUGAGGGUCAAUAAUUAGGUAAAUCUGUGCUUCAAUGCAAAUAUCUUUGUUGUUCAAUAUGUUUGUAGAUAGAUUGAAGUUCAAAAGACAGACAGACAGAAAGUUAGUUACUUGGAAAAAGAUGGAUGAUAAACAAGUAGAAAUCAAGAUGGAACGGGUGACAAAUAGAUGGAGUAGAUGGGAAUUUUGGCCCCUUUAAGCAUUAUUAUUAUUUAUUACAAAUUCCCUGUUGUGGUUUGUCAAGCCAUUAUAAAUCUAUACAUUGUACCUUACAGAAACUUUCAUUUCUAAGGAAAUUCCCUGCUCCUUCCAAAGAAUGUCUUCUACAGAUAGUGGUUGUAUUUGCUGGCAGGCUGUUCACACGGAUGUUAUUCAGCCAAUUACAGCCAAUCAUACAAGGCUAAUCAGCCUUCUCACUCAGGUGCACAAAAAGAAACAAAUACAUUUCUGAAAUAAAAAAUUUUCCCUCAUGUAAAUUACUGUAUAAUCUAUUUACCAAUAAAUCAGUUCUUAUCCAGCUUGAUUAAAAUGUAGGUAUUUAUAAGCAUAAAGAUGUUUUAAAAAGUUAUAUUGCGUGCUAAAAGGUUUUCGAACACCACAACAUUAGUGCUUUGUUGCAAAAUAAUUAAUAAUUGCUGCCAAUUACAGCUGUUAUUUGUAACAGCAAUCCUGUUCACCUUUUUUGCACACUCCUCUUGGCAAGUUAUGUUCAGUUCCCCAAGUUUAUGAGGGUUCUGCUAAUGCUCAUGCAACUACAAAAUCCAUCAAUCUUCAAUGGGAUUAAAAACAGGAGUCAUUUCUUACAGUAAUGAUUUGUCGACAGACGAUAAAUUUUGUUUUAAAUAUGGUCCACCAGUUCAUUGUCUAUGGGGAAAAAAAAAUGCAUGCAAGAUGUUCUGGAAGGAUUUGUAAAAUUCAUUUUGCAUCAUUAGUGUGUUUUUUUAAUAGAGAAAGUACAGAAAUGUUUAUGGUGUUUACCAAAGAAUAAAAUUCAUUAUAAUUAC